AUGGGGAAACUACAGUCUCUGUAUGGUGUAGCAUUGACCAAGACAAAGCAAGUUUUAGUUAGUGAUCAUAAAAAUAAAAGAUUACAACUAUUCUCUCUAGAGGGCGCCUUUCAUUCCACUAUUACAUUCACUAAUUUUCCCAAUUCAUUCUGUCCAAGGUAUUCAGCUGUUUCAGAUGAAGGUUAUAUAUUCACUACAGACCGUAUCAAUAAACAGGUGGUUGUAUGUGAUGACAGUGGUAGACUAAUAAGGUGCUUUGGUAACAAAGAGUUACAGAAUCCAUAUGGUAUUGCUAUCAGUCCAACAAAUGGGAAAGUGUAUGUUGCAGAUAGAUGGUCAGAUUGCAUCAGAUUGUAUAGCCAGGAAGGAGAUUACUGUAUGUCUUUUGGUAGAAAGGGAAAUCAGUCUGGAGAGAUAAACGGAUUGAAUGGAAUUAAUGUUAAUUCUGAUGGAAAUGUUGUUGUGCCAGAAGAGAAUAAUAAUCGAGUACAAGUGUUUGACCCAUUUGGCAAGUCAUUAUUCAGCUUUAAAGGAGAUAAUGAGGGCAAGUUAAACUGCCCAGAAGACGUAGUGACUGACAGAGAGGGGUGUAUGUAUGUGUGUAAUUAUGGCAAUAGUAGAAUACUAAAGUUUGAUAGCAGUGAUAGAUUUGUAGAUAGAAUUGACAGUGACAAGGAUGGAGUGAAGGGCCCUCAGGGUAUAUGUUUAACAGAUGACAAACCAUAUGCUAGAGUCAUAGUUGCAGAAUACAGUGGACAUUGUGUAAAAGUAUUUGCACAGUGA